UUUCACAAAAGUUUACAUAGAGACAAGACGUGUGAUUUUAAAAUGCAAUUAGACCGUGCGUAUAGGGAUAGAAACAUAGCGUGCACACUUUUCUCGCGUAAUGUUAUUGAAUCGAAAGUGGAUUGACGCUGAAGGCGAAUUGCUUCGAGCUGUGCGAGACACAGUUCCCUUGUUCUGAUUACCAAAACAGGGAGUGCCAUCAUAUGGAUUUGUGAAUUUUACAAACCUCUUUCUGAUGUACCUCAUUCCUGUCAGAAGGUGCUAGACGGAUUACGCUGCCAAAAUGAAACUAUUUCCUUAUCAAUCAAUCAUCAGUAAAAGUUGCUCUCAAUUUUUGUGCAGAUAGAACCGGUUUCAAAGUGGGUCUCUUUAAUCAGAUACUAUCGUGUUUUUUUCCAAGUCAUUAUCUUAAACUGCAUAUCAAUAGUGUACACGCUCUAUGAUUUGCAAUACUCCACAUCUGGCUGUGACAAAAUUUCUGGGGGUUUAUCUGCUGGAACAACGAGUACCGGUAUUUUACACUGAUUGAAUACGAACAACUAACUGGGUGAAAUGUAGAAAACUAUCAGAACAAGUCUAGAUCUUACGUCGAUAUCUUCGUAACUGUCGAAAUAGCUGUCAUCCUCCAUCGUUGCUGUCCCGGUUUCGUCAUCUGGCUGUUGCUCCUGGAUCAUUUCAUUAGAUCUGGUUGAAGGCAGAUGAGUGAAUUUCAUGGAAUAUCAAACAAAAAUGUCAAAUGUUUAACAGAAACACACGUGGUUCAAGCAGGAGAGAAAGUUUGUUGAUUCUGAAUCGAUUUUCUAUGUCGUCUGCUUUUCCUUUUUCGUCGUCUGCUGUGUGCUUUGUCAGUCAACAAUAUUUCCCACCAAAAACACAGUCGACAAUUUUUAUCGAAGCAAAAGAAUAAAGCCAUUACUGUAAAAAUGGCUUCGGCUUCAGGAUCUCACAAAGAAAGUGAUUUGGACGUCAAAGCACGAAGAGCAAUGGAGCGCGUAUCCGAAAACAUGCACGUUGUAGCCAAUGAACCUUCGCUGGCAUUAUAUCGUCUCCAAGAACAUGUUCGAAAAGCGCUACCCUUUAUGGUGGAGAAACGUGGUGAAUUUGGACAUCUUCACGAGCAACUGCAGGGACGCUGCUACGACGCUGACUACGCAGUCAGUGCCGUCAACGAGAUCACCAAGGCCAAGGAUCCUUUUGAAGCCUGCGCGGCAUCGUUGAAGAACGCAAUUUUUUAUCGACAACAGCUGCGCUAUCGUGACUCCCGAAACUUGGCCAAUUUGUCCCCCCGUUGAGUUGACUGCGAUUGGCCGGAAAACCCAAAUUUCUUUUCCGGUACAAGGGGAACACAUCUAUUCUGGCUACUUACUACUAUCACUCGUCUUUUUGCGUCUCUUUCCUUUUUCUUCACAUCUAUUGCGACCAACUAAUAAUGUUACUACUAUUCUUGUCCUGGCUUUGAUCCAAUCAACAGACAAAAGAAGAGCCAAUCCAUGUACAAGCGCUUUUCAGCCUCUGAGCCGUCGACGGAAAGCGAGCCACCACCGACCGGACCCGCCAGGCCGCAGAGCAGUAUUUAUCAGUCAUGAAUUUGAUUACAUACUUUUUGGACCACUUCGUUUACACACGGCCAUUUGGUUGGGUUCGACGAGGCACAGAAUACUACUAACUGCCCUCACCGCCCACACAGCGAUGUAAACUUGAUACAAUUGACCUGUAACGAAUACAGAAAAAAGACGCGUACCCGACAACA